CAUGUGUUACUCCAGCAGCUACUUUUCAUUGAGAAAAGCUUAUCUGCUUCCCAGGGUUGUUCUAGCAGUCACCUGGCAGAGCACAUAGUUGUUUUUCACAUCGAGUGUAUUGACAUUUCAAGGUCCAACAAGGAGGCGGGAGGCGGCGGGGUGGCUUUAUAAGUAAAGGCAGACAGGAGGAAGCAGUAACACCCAACAGCUCAGGCAGAGAGAGAGAAAGAGCAGACUGAAGAGACCGCACAUCCUGGUCAGAAACGAUGGACAGCAGGUGUGACUGCUCGAACGGCGGCGACAGGCUUUUGAAUCCCAUCCUCUACAACAUCUUGAGCCAAAUGGAUAAAGGCGGGCCGAGCCAAGACACCUUCCACCACAGCUCGUUUCCUCACAGGUGCAACUGCGAGGUGCGAAGGACAGUGUGCUUGGUCAGACCCUCGGAGGUCUGCAAGGAGGCCUCCGCGGUCCUGGUCAAAACCGUGCACUUCAUGAGAAACUUACCGGCCUUCAAGCAGCUGCCGCCGGGUGACCAGUACGCCCUUCUGAGAAGCUGCUGGGCGCCGCUCUUCAUUCUGGGUCUGGCCCAGGAGCAUGUGGACUUCGACGUGACGGACGUUCCGGCCGACAGCAUGCUGAAAAAGAUCCUCCUGAACCGCCAGGAGAGCCCCGAGACGGAGAGGGAGCAGCCCACCAUGGCGGGCGUCAGCAAGCUGAGGUGUUGUCUGAAAAAGUUUUGGAGCUUGGACUUGAGCCCGAAGGAGUACGCAUAUCUGAAAGGCACCACGAUAUUUAACCCAGAUGUGCCAGAGUUACAGGCAGGCCUGUUUGUAGAGGGGCUGCAGCAGGAAGCUCAGCACGCCCUGAGCGAGGUGGUCCAGCUCCUACAUCCGGGCCACCAGGAGCGCUUCGCUCGGAUCCUCCUCACAGCCUCCAUGCUGCAGGGCAUCACACCCAGCCUCAUCGCCGAGCUCUUCUUCCGGCCUGUGAUUGGCCAGGCCAACCUGCUGGAGCUGCUGGUCGACAUGCUCUUCUGCAGAAAUCCGUAGCUGUCCUCCAAUCUGCAAAGUGAUAAUCUGUUUGUUGUUUAUUUUUAUUAUUAUUAUUAUUAUUACUAUUAUUAUUAUUAUUAUUACACCGCUUAAAUGCUGCAAACCACCCCCAAAAAUCGGCAAGAGAAACUGUUAUUUUUUCUACACGGGAUUAGGAUUUGCUUCCAUUUUUCAAGAAGCUGAGGUCACUUUAGUCCAGAUUAAGCAGAAAUCCUCCACUAAAAAGAAAGCGUCGUCUUUCCACAGUAUACUUGACCUUUUCUGUUGCUUCGUUGUAUAUAAAUGUCGUUUGCUUCAAAUGAAGACUUGAAAUAAAUAUAUUUUUGUACAUGAA